AUGGGAGACCAACGUCUCUUGGAGCACCGGCCGGUGCAGACCAGCGCGGUCUAUGUCCUCGGCGCACCCCAGACAGACUCAAUGCCACCCCCCUCGCCUCCUUCACCACCAGUGUCUCCGCCUGAAGAGGGGUUUUUCGAGGAAUUGGAGGAAUUGAGCUUGGGGUCGCCCGGUGACCUCUCCGAGGACGACGAGAGUUGCUCCAAGGUACAGGACCGCCUCCGCGCCGCAACACAUGUCCUGAAGACAGAGGCCGCAGCGUUGCGGGCCGUCGCAAAUCUGUACGAGACAGACCCCGUCGCCCGGGACGGCUUCAACCGGACCGUCGCGGCAGUUACGCGGCACAAGGGCGAAAAGGGCAAGCUCAUUAUUACGGGCGUGGGCAAGUCUGGGCACAUCGCCAACAAGCUGGUCGCGACUUUCAACAGUCUAUCCAUCGCAUCCGUGUUUUUAAAUCCCAUCGAUGCUUUACAUGGCGACCUAGGCAUCAUUCAAGAACACGACAUUCUUAUGUUCAUCACGUUUUCCGGAAAGACAUCAGAACUCCUCGGCUUAUUACCACACCUCGACAAACCUUGGUCGUUGGUGAUCCUCACGGGGCACACGAGACCGGACACCUGCGAGCUCGUCAAGCUCCGGCCAGACACGAUUCUCCUCCCGGCGCCGGUCCACGAGAGCGAAACGUUGUCAUUCGGCGUCUCGGCCCCGACGACCUCCACGACAGUCGCCCUGGCCGUGGGCGACGCGCUCGCCAUCGCCGCGGCGCAGGAGCUGCACCCCAACGUCGCGCAGGUCUUCUCCAGGAACCACCCGGGCGGCGCCAUAGGCGCCGCCUUCCGGAAGCCCCAGACGAUCCUGGACCUGGCCAUCCCCUGGGCCGACAUUCCCGACUCGGAGGGCUUGUGCGCGGACAGCAGCGUGGGUGCGGAUCUCUUCCGGGCCGCGUACGACGCGGCGUCCGGGUGGGUGCGCGUCGGCGACGACGUGGCGUCGCCGGGCAGGAUCCGGAAGCUCGCGACGCAGGACUUCGCGCGGCGACUGCGCGACAUACCGCGCCUGAUGGUGCCGCGGGCCGAGAUGCUCUCCAUCUCGGCGGGGACGACGAUACGGCGCGCUGCGGACUUUGUGAGGGGCAUGCAGGGCGCCGCGGACGACGGCGAGUACGUUUGCAGUCCGGACUCCAUACUGGCCGUCCUGGACCAGGGGGACAUCGUGGGCGUUUUGGAAGUGGGAAAGCUCUUGGAGCGGCGGAAAUGA